AUGGCGCCCGUCGUGCGAGAAGGCGACGACACCGAGGCGGUCGCCGAGCCAAGGUUGUCGAUGAGGAACCCCAUGGCAUGCUUCACCAGCUCCAGCUUGUGGCCCUCCAUGCUCUCGCUGACGUCGAGCACCGUCACGAGAUCCAGCUGCGCGAGCCGAGGACAACUCUGCCGCCACGGCUGCCGUGGGCACCUUGGCGUGCACGAGCACCGCGAACCCAUCGCUCGCCGUGGCCUUGGCGAGCGCCGGGUACUCGCCGGGAUCUGCUUGAGCGGUCGACGCCUUGGCGCCCGGCGUAUUGUUCGGCAACCACAGCACGUCGCCACGGCUUCCGCGCAUCAACGACUGUCGAGCAAUUCACGUCGUCGACCAUGCAGAGAUGAUCCUCGGCCGGCAAGCUACCAUGCCACUAGAAAAACUACAAGCAUUGUCAAGAGUGUUCUCGAUCCUAAGACAAACCUGGGUACGUUGCAUUGGCCCAGUCAUCUCUAUCUUCAAAACUUGAAAGGUGCAGAGAGCAAUAAUACAACUCUCUCCAGCGGUUGGGCUCCGUUCAACGCUGAAGACGGCACUGCAUUGCUUGGCGAGAUUGACUUGGCUUUUCUUGGUGUAUAUGCAAUUGGCAUGUUCUUUGCUGGCCAUUUGGGCGAUAGGGUGGAUCUGAGGAUCCUGCUGACUAUAGGAAUGAUAGGAACUGGAUUGUUCACCGCCGCCUUUGGAGCCGGCUACUGGUUCGAUGUACACAACUUCUACUACUUUCUGGGCAUGCAGAUGAUUUCUGGUCUGUUUCAGUCAUCUGGAUGGCCUUCAGUGGUUGCAGUAGUUGGCAACUGGUUUGGGAAGAGCAAGAGGGGACUGAUAAUGGGAAUAUGGAAUGCUCACACAUCCGUAGGAAACAUAUCUGGCUCUCUGAUUGCUGCUGCCAUGCUGAAGUAUGGGUGGUGCUGGUCCUUUGCGGUGCCCGGUAUCAUGAUCGCACUGGUCGGGCUCACGGUGUUCCUCUUCUUGCCUGUUGGGCCUGAUGUGAUUGGAAUCCAGGAGGAUCUCCAUUUGAAGGAUUAUGAAAAGAGUGACAUGGACACUCCCUUGUUGGAACGACGCUCAUCAGAUGUAAAAGAAAAGGCGGUUGGAUUUAUUGAGGCGUGGAGAAUUCCUGGUGUAGCUCCUUUUGCCCUCUGCCUUUUCUUCUGCAAGCUUGUGGCCUAUACGUUCCUGUAUUGGCUUCCCUUUUAUAUCAGCCACACAGCUAUCGGUGGACAAUACUUGUCAGACUCGGAAGCCGGGGUACUGUCAACUCUGUUCGACGUGGGUGGCGUUGUUGGCGGCAUCCUCGCCGGCCACAUCUCCGACCACCUGGACGCCCGGGCGCUGACGGCCGCGAGCUUCACCUUCUCCGCGAUACCGGCGCUCUUCUUCUACCGCAUCUACGGGAACGUCUCCCUGGCGUGGAACAUCGCGCUCAUGUUCGUCACCGGGAUGCUGGUGAACGGGCCCUACGCGCUGAUCACGACGGCCGUGUCCGCGGACCUCGGCACGCACAGCUCCCUCAACGGCAACUCCCGCGCGCUGGCCACCGUGACGGCGAUCAUCGACGGCACGGGGUCGAUCGGCGCCGCCAUCGGGCCGCUGCUGACGGGGUACAUCUCCGCCAGGAGCUGGAGCGCCGUGUUCACGAUGCUGAUGGCGUCGGCGCUCGUCGCGGGGCUGCUGCUGUCGAGGCUGGUGGUGGCGGAAGUGGUCGCCAAGAUGGAGUCCCGGAGGACGCCCGCCCAUGCUGCUAGCGACCUGCCCGUGUCCUCCAUGGGAGAACCGUAG